ACAAUACGUCUAGCUAAUUGCACCCGUCAACGUUAGCUAACAUUUAGCUAGUAAACUGAUUACACACAGUUUGAGAGAUGGAUAACGACUAUUUCUAACUUUCAAUUAAAUUACAUAUUUAAAAAUAAGUACAUUAGCGCCAUGUCAGUUCAGCAUUGAACGACUUUAUGGGCAGACGGACAGACGGCAGGACGGAUACACGGGUGGGGGCUGUGCUAGGCGGCUCGGCGGCAGGCUGGUGGAAGAUGUCGUCAGGAGCCGGUGGGAGGGGUGGCAGGCGGCUCAGGGGGACAGCAAGCAGCGGUGGUGGAGGAGGGAGAGGAGGGGCAGGAGAGGCAGAGGAAGGCCCAGUGGGGAUCCCUUUCCCUGAGCACAGCGCAGACAUCCUGGGCAGCCUGAACAAGCAGCGGCUCAGCGGCCUGCUGUGUGAUGUGCUCCUGGUUACGCAGGACCGGGAGUUCCCAGCUCACCGCUCCGUCCUGGCGUCAUGCAGCUCCUACUUCCACAAGCUCUUCACUUCAGGGGCCGCCGCUGACCAACAGAACAUCUACAACAUCGACUUUGUGGCGGCAGAGGCUCUGGGAUCGUUGCUGGACUUUGCCUACACAGCUACAUUGACAGUCAGUCACAGCAGUGUGGCUGAUAUCCUUGCUGCUGCGCGCCUCCUGGAAAUCCCACCUGUCCAGGACGUCUGUACACACCUGCUGGACACCAAAGUGCUCUCCCUGCCGACGGGCAGUGAGCGAAGAGAUGAAGAUGAAGAUGAAGACGAGGAGGGCAAGGGCAGAGGAGGCAGGGAGCAGGGGAACCGAGUGCGGGCCAAGGAAUACCUGGAGUACUUCCAGAGAGGGGCGCACUGGAGCAGCAGCUGCAGCACGCCAGAGCUCAGGGACCUGCCCACACACCUGCACUUUAACCACGGGAAUGGCGGGGGCCCCAGCAACGGGACUCCUGCUGGCCCUGGUGAGUACUACUCCCCCCUGGCCAUCGCCUUGGCUCAGGCCCCCACACUGGAGCCAGAGGAAGAGGAUGAGGAUGAAGAGGAAGAUGAGGACGGGGAGGCGAUGCAGGGGAACGGCGCAAGUCUGGGGUCGUCUUACUACCCUCCAUCCCAAAAUGGGCACUUCUACCUCCCCCCUGAGUCUAGGCUGGGGCAGCAGACAGAGGUGGAGGACGGAAGUAGAGAGGCGAGGGAGAGGGGUUCUGCCAGUGCCCUCCUGCAGCAAAUGAUGGACUCCAUCGAGAGGCAGAAGGAGCGUGAAACAACCGGGGAGGAACAGGGCGACGGGGAUGACCCCGACAUGGAAUUUUACUUGAAUUAUUUUAACAGCACGCAGCAUGAGGACCCAGCCUCUGCCGCCAUGACGCAGGGAGUGCCGCCGCUCUGGUUAUCACGGGGCAGAACGGGCCAAGACAGAGUAGGAGAAGGAGGAAGAGAGAGGGUGGGGGGAGAGAGAGGCAGCGGGGUCGGAGGAGGUGGAGGCGAGAGGAAGAUGCGCUCCAAGGCCUUCCAGAAAUGCCCCAUAUGUUCCAAGGUCAUUCAAGGAGCAGGCAAGCUACCCCGCCACAUCCGAACGCACACGGGAGAGAAACCUUAUGAAUGCGCCAUCUGCAAAGUGCGCUUUACCAGGCAGGACAAGCUCAAGGUUCAUAUGCGGAAGCAUACAGGAGAGAAGCCUUACCUGUGUACGCAAUGUGGAGCCGCCUUUGCUCACAACUACGACCUGAAGAACCACAUGCGCGUACACACCGGCCUGCGCCCCUAUCAGUGCUCAAGCUGCUUUAAGACUUUCGUGCGCUCGGAUCACCUGCACCGCCACCUCAAGAAGGACGGCUGCAACGGCAUCCCCUCUCGUCGAGGCCGAAAGCCUCGGGUGCGAGAGCCAGGGCUCCUCGAUGCUCCCCUGGGUCUGCUGAGCCCAAGCUCCGACACAGGCCCUGGGCCUCGUACCAUCAGGGGCCGGCGGCGAUCGGAGGCAUCCUCAGCAGCAGAGGUUGAGGGGGCUGCUGGAGCCCAUGCACACAGUCCUCAACUGCAGGACUUGGCAGGGGAGGCGGGGCCCUGAGACUGCAGCGGCGACAAGGACACUGCUGGACACCAUAGUCACUCUGCACCGCCUGUGAGACAGGCCAGUGAACAGAGAGGAGAAAAAAACACGCAAAGGCAAACUUAAAAAAAAAAAAAACAACAACUAACUAUUCCUCUAUAAACCAAAUCAGGGUGUCACAAAAAAUCUAAUCUUUAUAUUUCUUUCUCCUUUUACUUUAGGAAAUGGAGUAGACUUGCAAGCACUUGAGUCGGUUUAUCUGUUAAAGAGCAAAGAACGCUUCAAAUCAUGCACCCAUGACGUCCACUUUCUGGGCCAUUUCUUUCUUUAUAAUAAUAGGGGUUUUAUACAUUGGCAUAUGUGCUUAGGCAAAUGUAUGAUAGAUACAAAAAAAAAAACACUUGGAGCAACUAUGCAGUUGAUUUAGAUUUGUAUUGGUUUUGUCCUCACAGCCUUCAAAGCUCUAAGCAAGGUGUCUAUCAAGCACCUUCUGGCUGCUGUACGGGUGAAGCGAGGACAAAUCCUCCCAGUGAAAACAACUCUUUUUCUAUUCUUUUGCAGUUCUGAAAUGUACAGUUACCAUAGAAACAACAUUGCCACAAAAUGGCAUAUGCAAGAAAAACUCACCACAAUUUUGAUGCAACAGUUUUCUCUCUCUAAAUGUUCCAGAAAGAAUCAGACAAGGGUUUGAUUGAAGUGUUACUUACUCUAUAAAAAUGCAUUUUAAGAAUCUAUGGUUUGUCUUAUUGCAAAACAAAUUUCAUGUUGAGUCAAAUCCACUUUAAUGGGGGCUCUUCAGUUGCAGGACUAGGGAAUACGAGGGGUGGAGGGUUUGUGUUUUUAAAGCACUACCACCGUCAAUGUAUCUGUUGGCUCGACUACUUUGCCUCUUAUCCCUCAGAACCCUGCAAUUUCAGCAUUUCUGUUUUCCCUUUAGAUUUUGUCUUAAUUGUUUGUCGUUCCUUUUUGUUGACUGCUUUGGGUACUUGACACUUUAUAAUUGUAUACAUGUAUAUACAGCAGGUGGUGAUAUUGACAUUAGUCCCCUCUUAAUGCUGAGGUGUACUUACCAAUCCUCUUAGGCUUGAUGUCAUAUUUCUCACAGAGUGAAGCUUGUGGGUGGGCGAAAUAAACCUGUAUGAAUGUUUGAUGGGGAAAAAAAAAAACCCAUUGAGUCACCCAUUUGCCCUAAACUUAACACUUGAUUUGUAUAGUUCCUGCCCAAAGGAUGAGAAGGUUGAAUGAAUGAAUGUGCUUAACUUUGUGCAGUUUUUCGGAAUCUGUCCUUGUGUGACAAGGCGCGGGUAGCAUUUAACCAACCGCAGGUUAAAGGAAUGGCAGGGAUCCCGAGUGAGAGAAUAACAGAGUACGAAGAAGAGAUAGAUGAGCACCUUUUUUUUUUUUUUUUUUUCGUAUGUUUGCACAGCUUUACUAAAGAUAUCCAACAGAGCGAGAGAGAGAGAGAGGUUAUAUUUAAAGGAAGUGGGCUGGUGUUGGGGAGGGAGUGAGUUGAGGUUUAUGUAUCAUGCUUAUUCCAAUCUUUUUUGCCCUAGGGACCACACAACCAUGAGGCAACCUGUAUGAUGAAGAGAGCAAUAAAUACCUGUCCAAGUUGGGAGGCCAAAUAGGAGCGCAGCUGCAGCUGGUU